UUCCCUUGGAACGGAAGCAAAGCUGUUAGAUUUUUGGUCACCAUCUGAACCCAACUCGAUCCACCUGCUAGCUAAGCUUUCUGCUUCUUCUUCUUCUGCUGCUACUGCUGCUUCUCAAUCCCAUAUUUACAGUUGAGCUUGAUGGCAUUCAUCAAUCCAUGACAACCCACUACAACGAACUUCUAAUUGAAGAAAGUUCGCUGGUUCAAUUGGGUGAUCAUCUGGUUUUUUAUUUCAAGUUUUUAUGUCAAGUAAUCUCCAUGUUAAAGUAGGAGUUCAGAUCGAUAAUGCUUUGAUUGGAUUACCAUUGCUUGGCAUUAAUUGUUGCUUAUUCCAGUCAAUCUCCUGGUCCUUGUUGAGAUUCAUAUUCUCUUCUUCGAAUUCAAUUUCAUCAUUACCUCCCCAUGAAUACUCGGUAUUACUUUACGCCAGAUUCAUUGUAUGGUUCUGGUAUUCAGGUUACAUUUUCAUCACCUUCUCCGGCUGGAGAAGGUCAUCAUGCGGCCGCCGGCGGUGUUCGAAGCGGGUCAACCCGCACGCCCUCUUCGUCAUUCCUGGUUAGGACGGCGAUGAGGAUAUCGAGAGCAAGGUGGUUCAAUUUUCUCAGAAGAGUCUUUCAUUACCAGAAUGCAUCAAGGUCCGACCUAGGAUCAAAUCCUUUCAAUUCUGGCACUUGGAUCACGUUGGAGCUACUAGUUUUAAUCGUUCAACUAACACUCAUAACAAUUACUCUCUCAAUUUCCACGGAGGAAAAGCCAGUAUGGCCUUUGAGGGUGUGGAUUGUUGGCUACGACCUCGGCUGCCUGCUCAGUUUGCCUCUACUAUACUGGCGUUAUCAGCAUCCUCAUGCCGCCCAAGGAAACAAUUCUGGUCUUUCUGAUGUAGAGCAGCAGAGAAGCAGUGAUGAACCAAGGAGGUCACACCUGAUGAACAGAGCCCGGACUUUGCUUGAGCUGUUCUUCGCAAUAUGGUUCGUGAUGGGUAAUGUCUGGGUCUUUGAUUCUCGCUUUGGAUCUUUCAACCGAGCUCCAAAGCUUCAUGUCCUCUGCAUCUCUCUGCUGGCUUGGAAUGCUGUCACCUACUCCUUUCCCUUCCUAUUGUUUGUGUUACUCUGUUGCUGCGUUCCGUUGAUCAGCAACCUCCUUGGGUACAACAUGAACAUGGGGUCUGUCGAAAGAGGAGCCUCUGAUGAUCAGCUCUCGAGGCUCCCCAGCUGGAGAUACAAAGAAGUUGAAGCUAACAUAGAGCUUGGUGAUGAUGCUCAAAGCAGUUCAGAACUUGCAAAUGAGAACUCGGAAUGUUGUAUAUGCCUAGCGAAAUACAAAGACAGGGAAGAAGUGAGGCAGUUGCAAUGUUCCCAUGUGUUUCACCUAAAGUGUGUAGAUCAAUGGCUCCGAAUAAUAUCUUGUUGUCCUCUCUGUAAGCAAGAAUUAGAGAGACUAUAAAAAUCAAGAUAUAUGAAAGCUGAGGUGCUAAAUUCCUACGCGAGGAUCUGUUCAUAUUCAUGUAUUUACAAGAUUAUCUGAGGUUGUUUGUCCUGUGGAUAUUCUAUCUUUAUUAUCAGAAAUUCAAUCCCUGUUAGCAGCUGUGAAUGA